AUACCUGUACACAUCCAUUAGAAUGACUAAAAUUAAGAAACAAAUCCAAACUGACAUUGCCACGUGCUGGGGAGAAUGUGAAGCCGCUGGAGACUCUUAUGUUGUUGGCGGGCGUGCAAGACAGUGCAGCCGUUUUGAAAACAGUUUGGCAAUUUCUUACAAGGUUAACCUCAUCCUUACCAUAUGGCGCAGCAGCCCAUUCCUGGUAUUACCCAAGUGGAAUGAAACUUAUGUUCAAACGAAAACCUGUGGCAGUCAUUUAUUAUAGCCUCAUUUAAGGUCACCCCAAACUGGAAACAACAGAAAUGUCUUUCAACAGGUAAAUGCACGGCUAAACAAACUGGUCCAUCCAUACGUGGAACACCACUGGGCGAUGAAAAGCAACAAGCCACUGAUGCGCAUGACAAUGUGGAAGAGUCUCAAAAGAUUACACUAAAUGAAACAAACUAGACUGGAAAGCCUCCAUGUGUCUGAUUGCACUUAUCUGAUAUCUAGAGCAGGCAACAUUUUAUAUGACGAUGGGCCUUACUCCAAAGGAGGCAAGGACACAGGGGGCGCUGACGUGGCCGUGGCAUGCCGCAGACAGAGCAUUCCAGAGGAGUUCCGAGGGGUCACCGUGGUGGAGCUGAUCAAGAAAGAAGGCAGCACGCUGGGCCUGACCAUCUCAGGGGGCACCGACAAGGAUGGGAAGCCCAGGGUCUCCAACCUGAGACCUGGGGGGCUCGCAGCCAGGAGUGACCUGCUGAACGUGGGUGACUACAUUCGGUCAGUGAAUGGAAUCCAUCUGACCAGGCUCCGCCAUGAUGAGAUCAUCACCCUGCUCAAGAAUGUGGGCGAGCGCGUGGUGCUGGAGGUGGAGUAUGAGCUGCCCCCGCCCGCCCCUGAGAACAACCCAGGCAUCGUUUCAAAGACAGUGGACGUCUCCCUCUACAAGGAGGGCAACAGCUUUGGCUUUGUCCUCAGAGGUGGUGCCCACGAAGACGGGCACAAGUCCCGCCCGCUCGUCCUGACCUAUGUGCGGCCCGGCGGCCCUGCCGACAGGGAGGGCUCCUUGAAGGUGGGUGACAGGCUGCUCGGCGUCGAUGGGAUCCCGCUGCACGGGGCCAGCCAUGCCGCCGCCUUGGCCACCCUGCGGCAGUGCAGCCACGAGGCGCUCUUCCAGGUGGAGUAUGACGUGGCCAUCCCAGAUACGGUGGCCAGCGCUUCUGGGCCCUUGAUGGUGGAAAUAACCAAGACGCCGGGAUCCGCCCUGGGCAUCUCACUCACCACCGGCUCCCACCGGAACAAGCCGGUUAUCACCAUCGACCGCAUCAAGCCGGCCAGCGUGGUGGACAGGAGUGGGGCCCUGCAUGCUGGAGACCACAUCCUGUCCAUCGACGGCACCAGCACGGAACACUGCUCGCUGCUUGAGGCCACCAAGCUCCUGGCCAGCGUGUCAGAGAAGGUGCAGCUGGAGAUCCUGCCUGUUCCCCGCAGUCGGAGGCCCCUGAAGCCCUCGGAGGCAGUGAAGGUGCAGAGGAGCGAGCAGCCGCGCCGCUGGGAGCCCUGCGCGCCCUCCUGCCGCAGCCCCCGGCCCGGUCCCCGGGGACCGCCUGCCUGGGCCGCCGCUGGUGCCCCGGACCCGAGCCGACCCUUGUCCUCGACUCCCUUUUCCUCGCCGACCAUGAACCACGCCUUUUCCUGCACCAACCCCAGCACCCUUCCCCGUGGAUCCCAGCCCAUGAGCCCCCGGACUACAGUGGGGCGGAGGAGGCAGCGAAGAAGGGAGCACAAGAGCUCAUUGUCGCUGGCUUCCAGCACAGUGGGACCCGGUGGGCAGAUCGUGCACGCGGAGACCACGGAGGUCGUGCUCUGUGGAGACCCUCUCAGCGGCUUUGGCCUCCAGCUCCAGGGCGGCAUCUUCGCCACCGAGACCCUGUCCUCCCCGCCCCUCGUGCGCUUCAUUGAGCCGGACAGCCCAGCUGAGAGGUGUGGGCUGCUGCAGGUGGGGGACCGUGUCCUGUCCAUCAACGGCAUUGCCACCGAAGAUGGGACGAUGGAGGAAGCCAACCAGUUGCUUCGAGACGCCGCGCUGGCCCACAAGGUCGUGCUGGAGGUCGAGUUCGACGUAGCAGAGUCCGUCAUCCCGAGCAGCGGCACGUUCCACGUGAAGCUGCCCAAAAGGCGCGGCGUGGAGCUGGGCAUCACCAUCAGCUCGGCCAGCAGGAAGCGAGGGGAGCCCCUGAUCAUCUCUGACAUCAAGAAGGGCAGCGUGGCACACAGGACGGGCACUCUGGAGCCAGGUGACAAGCUGUUGGCCAUCGACAACAUCCGCCUGGACAACUGCCCCAUGGAGGACGCCGUGCAAAUCCUGCAGCAGUGCGAGGACCUGGUGAAGCUGAAGAUCCGCAAAGACGAGGACAACUCUGAUGAGCAGGAGACGACAGGUGCCAUCAGCUACACGGUGGAGCUGAAGCGCUACGGGGGCCCCCUGGGCAUCACCAUCUCCGGCACCGAGGAGCCUUUCGACCCCAUUGUCAUCUCAGGCCUCACCAAGCGCGGGCUGGCUGAGAGGACUGGCGCUAUCCACGUUGGAGACCGUAUUCUGGCCAUCAACAGUGUUAGCCUCAAGGGCCGGCCGCUGAGUGAAGCCAUCCACCUCCUGCAGGUGGCUGGUGAGACCGUCACGCUGAAGAUCAAGAAGCAGCUAGACCGCCCCCUCCCACCCCGCAAGUCGGGCAGCCUCAGCGAGGCCAGCGACGUGGAUGAUGACCUGCCAGAGGCGCUCAAAGGAGGCAUGCGGGCAGCCCGGGGCUCCCCGGCCGUGCCCAGUGUGGACAGCGCCGUGGAGUCCUGGGACAGUGUGGCCACGGAGGGCGGCUUUGGGGGCCCAGGUUCCUACACUCCCCAAGCAGCACCCCGGGGCGUGACCCCCCAGGAGUGGCGGCCCAGCCGGCUGAGAAGCAGCCCCCCCCCAACUGAGCCCCGGAGGACGAGCUACACCCCGGCCCCUGCUGAUGAGAGCUUCCCUGAAGAGGAGGAUGAGGAGGAGGACUGGGAGCCACCCUCCAGCCCAGCCCCCGGCCCCGCCCUUGAGGAGGGCUUCUGGCAUGUGUUUGGGGAAGCCCUCGAAGACCUGGAGUCGUGUGGUCAGUCAGAGCUGCUGAGGGAGCUGGAGGCGUCCAUCAUGACGGGCACCGUGCAGAGCACGGCCCUCGGGGGCAGGCCUGGCCGCCGGCCCUGGCGGAGGGGCCGGGAGGCGCGAGCUCCCCCCGAAGACAUGCAGGAGCUGCUGCUGCCGACACCCUUGGAGAUGCACAAGGUGACCCUGCACAAGGACCCCAUGCGGAAUGACUUUGGUUUUAGCGUCUCAGAUGGCCUCCUGGAGAAGGGUGUCUAUGUCCACACUGUGCGCCCUGAUGGACCAGCCCAACGUGGGGGCCUCCAACCCUUCGACAGGGUCCUCCAGGUCAACCACGUUCGCACGCGGGACUUCGACUGUCGCCUGGCGGUGCCGCUCCUGGCCGAGGCGGGGGAGGUCCUGGAGCUGGUCAUCAGCCGCAGCCCGCUGGCACAGAGCAGCCGGGCCCCACAAGCGCCAGGUCCCAGCAGCCCCCGGAUGCUCUGAAGUCAGCGCGUGGUCCAGACGCCCAAAAGGCCACCCAGGCAGAUCUGGCUCCCAGACCUGUAGCUGGGCUGGAGAAGUGCCACCCACUUGUCCGUCUGUGGGUCUGGCAGGCUCUGAGCUGCGGACGGGACUUCGUCUCUGUUCUCUGGUUCUGUGGUGACUGGGGCGGGGGCCAGGAAGUCAGGUCCUGCCCCAGUUGGAGUAACAUCUAGGUCUCUCUCCAUGUUAGGUCUCCGAGAUGCCCAGAGGUGCCCGGCCUGACAGAGGUCAGGAUGGGCUGCUCAACCAGGAGAAGAGGGGCCUGGGUAGGGACCCAGGUCCCUACAGGGUAUCCGAAGAAGGGGGUCUGGGGUGGAGAAAGCCAAGCUCAGUGGGUGUGCUUUCUCCCAGCACAGCUAUCGAUCCAGAAUGAGCUGCCAGGGAGGGGUGAGCUCCCUGUCAAGGGAUGUAAGCAAGUGGGAGGUGUGUACUCCAGUGCAGUCAUGGACUGAGGUGGAAGGCAUCCCGGUGAUGCUUCCAUACUGGUGCAGCUGGCUAGUUUCCUGAUGGGAGCGUUUAGGGUGAGGCUGGGGGUCACUUCAUCCAGAGAGCCGAAUGCCAGGAGGGACGCUGCUCAGGGUAGGAGCCCACCUCCUUCCCUUCGCCAGAGUUCUCGUGUCUGGGCCUUGCUGGUUCUGAGAUUCUCGGAUCCCGAGCGUCCCCAGUUAGGAGAUGGUGAGCGUGGGCGUCUCCCCAUCCCUCCCGCAUAGCGCUGGCCUUUGGUUAUGACAGUCAGCCAUUCUUUCUUUCGCGUCUCUGGUCUGGGACUGCAGGUCUGGCCCAGCAGGGAGCUGUGUCAGGCUCCGGGCUCAGCCCUCCUGCUGUUUUUGUAGGACGCGUGGCCGCUGGCCCAUCUGCACAGGCCCCUCUCGGCCCAGGCCCCUCAGUGGGGAGGGAGUCAUUUGGGACAAAAGACCCGAGAGGUUUCAUUCACCUGCCAUUUCAGUGAAGAUGGGAAACCAUGGAAAUAGGAUCUGCAAGCUGACACAGCUCUUGCCUGGCGUCUAGAUCAGUGGAGGAGGAGAGAGAGGGACAGAGAAGCCCAGAGAAGGGGGAGGGGGAGAGAGAGAGAGAGAGAGAGGGAGAGAGGGAGACAGCCUAGAGAGAUGGGCCGUUCUCUCUCACGCCCAAUGGUGACAGUGUCCAAAGUGGUGAUUCGAAGAAGUUUAUUCCCACUUGAAAUCUGGAAGCACCAGCGUUCCUUAAAAUUGUUGUCUUCAUUUCCUGCGGACCAGAAACCCUUCUAAUUUUGAGACGGGCACAGGGCCUCCCCGUGGUGGUCUGGGCUGUGGCCCCUGCGAUGGACGUGGGCAGGUGGGAUUCACCCAGGGCUGGGGGCUUACAUUGGCCCGCCCGGCUCUUAAUGGGGUCUCAGGAAACAGGGCGCCCACUCCCAUUUGCAUCCUUCUCCACCCUUGCGGCCCCUGGGGGCCCAGAAAACACUCUUCCAUUCGAGGGACUGGACAGGGAGUCAGCGGCCUGUUCUUUUUGCCCUGGGUCACUGCUCCGUCGCUGGGUGACCCUCCGAGUCUGACCCCCUCCGGACAAUCAAGGGCUGGACAGUCUCUGAGCAGCUACUGGCCUCCCCAUUGCGGCCAGAACCAUCUCCUGCUGAGGCCCGCACGGCAGCCUGCCCACACGCUCCCUGAGGGCCUGCCGUCCCCCGGCUGCCCCCGUCCACUUCCCCAUGCCCCGCCCCUCUGUCCCCGCCCUGGAGAGCCCUUGUGCGUGCCAUGGCUGGACUGCCCAGCGCCUCUGCUGUCUUGAGUCCUGUGUAAACCUCCGCCCAGGGUGAAAGGGCACUGCCCCCCAUCACAGGGGCACCAAGCAAAAGCCAAGAGCCCUUGGCUCGCGGGGUUAGGGGGCAGGUGGCACAGCAGAGACACAGCCACUGGUGGCCUCAGCUGUGUGACUUUAGGCAAGUGGACCAAACUCUCUGGGCCCCUGUCACGUGACAGAACUGGACAGGACCCAUUCCCAGGGCCUCUUGGUUUCGGGGGGCUGCGUUCGACUGCAGGUGGGGCAGAUGCACCCUGACCCUGACCCCCUCCCUCCUUGGGCUGAGGCCUCGCCAUUUCCCCGGACGUAUGCAACCAGGCCUGGCGCUGGCCCCGGCCGCCGGCCUUCUCAUAUGCAAUAUUCCUCUGGCUUCGCAUGGGGUCAUUCUUCCCAGACCUGACCCCGUCCCCGGUGAGCGUCCUGCCUGCCUAUGCAUUUUGGGUACAGCCCUGCGCCACACCCCUUCCAGCCCCUGAAAGCUGUAUUUUUCUCUGGCUGAGAUUAGAGCAUAUUCCUUGUAAAGUAUUUUUCUACGUGGGGUUUUCUCAGGGCUCUGGGGGAGCACAGCACGCAGGGCUGCCUGCGGGCCCACGUGUGAACCUGCGCCGCCGCCGGGACCGCGGCGAUUGGGGGCGGGGGCGGCUGUCGGGAUGAGGUGGGUUUUUUAAAUAAAAUUACUUAAGUGCA